CAAGUUCUAAGUUUUCGUAAGUGCUUAAGUGAUUAAAAAGUGAUAAUGAAGCGGAAAAAUUCGGAUUCUUCAAGUUUAUCAGAUUCUUCGGACGAGGAAGCCAUUGAGAGAGAAAUUUAUCUCUUAAAAGAUAGACUAAAGAUGCUGAGGAAGGUAAAGAACAAGGGGACGCCAUCGUGUAGCGUCAAACAUGGCGGCCAAGCCGUGCCCGACACACCGGCGUGGUAUACGGCCCCUCCGCCACCACCGCCGCCGUUACCACCACAAGACCCGCAGCCUUCAACAUCUUUCGUCCCCGACGCUAUCGAUCAAGGAUGGUUCGAGGCCGACGACAAUGACGAUCUCUCGUUUGUUGAACAGACAACAACGAGUCAAGAUGGCGGCGGGCACGAAAGUGGUCAAACUGAACCAAUCCGCGGAAUUUACUUGGAUCCGUUGGUCUCAAAAAUUUUGGGACAGGAUUGCGAUUCUUCUCCUGCAAAUACCGACGAAUUUUUCCCCACAGUUGGACACCAGUGGGGAAAUAUUCUUUGUAAGGGACUGCCUGAUGAGCAAGUAACAACAUUGGCGGAAAAAUAUCCAGUGCCUGCUAACUGCUGUCCAUUAAAGACGCCAGAGCUGAAUCCUGAAGUUAAAUUAAAUAUUAACGAUUCUGCCAUACAGAGGGACGACAAGAUUUUGAAAAACCAAUUGCAGCUGAGCGGAGCCAUUGUGGGAAUUGGUAAGGCUCUGUCAAGGCUAUUAAUUAGAUCCCCUCUUUCCCAUGAAAAAAAUCUGGAACUGCUUGAGUGGUUAAGUGACUCAGGUAGAAUUUUGUGCAAUCUUUUCCACGGCCAAUCUGUCCAUAGAAAAACUUCCAUUUUGCAAUGGGGGUUUAAGCAAAAAUUAAAAGAUAAUUUUAAAAAGAUUUUACAUGAGGCGCCAAUUAGCGAGUUACUCUUUGGGGAUAACCUCUCCGAACGUCUAGAGCAAGCAAAGACCUUGGAGAAAAAUAGCUCUGUUCUUGUCGAAAAGAAGAAUUUAAACUUCAAGAGCCCACCCCCUCGGAAGAUGGUUUCCAAACAGAUCACCUCCGGCCAGAGGUUCCAGCCUCGGUGGGGUGGGCACUCAAAUGCUCAACCAAAAGACAGGCAGCAGAGGAGCAAGCGCUGGUCAGAUCCAAAGAAAAAGCAGAGUCAGAAGGAGAACCGGAAAAAACAAUGGUAAGUAAAUUUGCUGGCCGACUUGCCAUGUUUAAAAAUAAAUGGACACCUUACUGUAAUGAUAAACAUAUUUUAUCCUGGUUGGAGGGGUAUAAGAUCCCCUUUUUAUCUAAAGUGGUCCAAAAAUAUCCUCCAAAAGAGAGGACUUGGUCUCUUAAAGAAAAAACUGGUCUGAAGUUGGCCAUAGAUCACUUAUUAAAUAUUGGUGCAGUGCAGCAGUGCACACCCUUAUCAAAUCAGUUUAUCUCAAAUAUUUUUCUACACCCUAAACCAGACGGUUCAUAUAGAUUUAUUCUUAAUUUAAAAAACCUAAAUACAUUUGUAAAAACUGAACAUUUUAAGCUAGAGGAUAGAAAGCUGGCAAUAAAUUUAAUAUCAAAAAAUUGUUAUAUGUCCACUAUUGACCUAAAAGAGGCUUAUUUCCUGAUACCUAUUAGUAAGAGUCAUCAAAAAUUUUUAAGAUUCUAUUUUGAAUCAAAGGUUUACGAGUUUACCUGCAUGCCCUUUGGUUUGUGUUCAGCCCCCUGGGUAUUUACAAAACUGCUUAAACCAGUAGUGACUCAUCUUAGAAAGCGGGGGUUUUUGUCAGUAAAUUAUCUUGAUGACUUUUUUCUUCUUGGAAACUCAAUAGAAGAGUGUGAAAGAAAUAUAAAAGCUACAUGUGAUUUACUUACAGAACUAGGUUUUCUUAUAAAUUUUGAAAAAAGUCUUUUGCAACCAAGUCAAUACUGUAAGUUCUUAGGUUUUAACUUUGACUCAAUCAACAUGGGGCUUAGCCUUCCUUUAACAAAAACUGAAAAAAUUUAUAGUCUUUUACAAAAGUUCCUUUUGACAAAGCUGUGCAGCAUAAGACAAUUUGCUAAACUUUGUGGUGUUCUAGCAUCAAUAUGUCCGGCUAUUCCUUAUGGCAGAGUAUACACUAAAAAAUUUGAAAGGGAAAAAUUUUUAGCUCUAAAAAACAAUGGGGGGCAGUACGAUAAAAAAAUGACAAUCCCAGUGCCAUUGCAUGCAGAAGCAAAAUGGUGGAUGGAAAAGUUGAAAAAUCCCUUUUGUCCUUUUCCUACCUUCGAGUAUAAAAUAGAAAUAUUUUCAGAUGCCACCCCGGACGCCUGGGGCAUUUUCUGUAGAGAGGAAAGCUCAAGGGGUUUUUGGAGCCCCAAGGAAAGACUUGAAAGCAUAAAUUUCUUGGAACUAAUGAGCGCCUUUAUCGGGUUAAAAUGUUUUGCCAAAAAUCUCUCUUUUUGUAAUAUUCUUUUACGUAUAGAUAACACCACUGCAAUUUCCUACAUAAAUAGAAUGGGAGGAAUUCAAUACAAAAAAUUAAAUAAACUUGCUAGAGAAAUUUGGCAGUGGUGUGAACAUCGCAACAUAAUUAUAUUUGCCUCCUAUAUCAGUUCCCAAGAAAACAAAGAGGCAGAUUAUCAGUCAAGGGUAGGUCGAGCGGAGGUAGAAUGGUCUCUUAGCCCAAAAGCCUUUUUGCAAAUUUCAAAUAAAUUUGGAUUACCAGAUGUAGAUUUAUUUGCUAGCCGUAAUAACAAUAAAUGCUCCAAGUUUGCCUCUUGGUUUAAGGACCCGGAGGCAUUUUUGGUAGAUGCCUUUACAGUCUUUUGGGGAGAUUACUUCUUCUAUGCCUUUCCACCUUUUAAUUUGAUACCAAAGUUUCUGAGAAAGAUUUCGACUGAAAAUGCUCGAGGCAUUGUUGUGGCACCCUAUUGGCCUAGUCAAGCAUGGUUCCCUAAAUUCAAGGAAAUGCUUGACUCGGAGAUGCUAAUUCUUAAACCUAAAGAAGAUCUUCUCCUUUCUAUUGAUAGAUCCCCUCACCCACUGUGGAGGCAGCUUUCAUUGGUGGUUGGGGUGUUAUGCAAGAAGCUUACCGCCGCAGAGGAGUGCCCCCUGAUGCCAUAAAAAUAAUUUUAUCUUCGAUCACCAAAUCAACCAUUAAACAAUACGACUCUGCCUUGAAGUUAUGGUGGCAAUUCUGCAGGGAUGCUCAUAUUUGCAUGUAUAGUCCUUCUGUACUAGAAUUGUUGCAGUUUUUCACGAAAUGCUUUGAUGAAGGAAAAAGGUAUGGUUCCUUAAAUAAUAUUAGAGCAGCUAUUAACCUAAUUGUUCAUCCUAACUUGAUGGCAGAUAAUCGAAUUAAGAGAUUUUUCAAAGGUGCUUUAAAUUUACGGCCGUUAAAGCCCAAAUACUCUUAUACUUGGGAUCCUGAAAUUGUAAUCUCUUAUCUUGAGUCAUUUUAUCCUUACAAAAAUGUGUCUCUAAAAGACAUUUCCUUUAAAUUAGUAACACUAUUGGCUUUAAGUACAGGUCAUAGAGUGCAAACUCUUUCUCUUAUCCAUAUCUAUAAUAUAAAAAUGACUCAAGGUAAAUAUGAAAUAAAGGUACCGGAUAGGAUAAAAACAACCAAUAGAAAUGAAUAUCAACCAAUCUUUUAUAUAGAAAAACACACUUCUCCCAAAAGAUGCAUUAGUAUUCUGUUAAAACAUUAUUUAGAAGUAACCCAAUCACAUCGGGGGAAUAAUUCAACACUCUUUUUAACUUUUAAAAAACCCUAUAAACCAGCUUCGCCUCAAACCUUGAGCCGUUGGAUUAAAACAGUAAUGAACAAUAGUGGGAUUGAUACUAAAAAAUUCACCGCACAUAGUACGAGACAUGCCUCAACCUCAGCUGCAUAUCGUAAAGGGGUUGACAUUAAUAUUAUUAAACAGUCAGCGGGUUGGACUAAAGAGUCCAAAGUAUUUUCUCUUUUCUAUAAUAAGCCUCUCUUAGACGAUAGGACAACAUUUGCGAACGCAGUUACAAAUAACUCUUGAUGUGUGAUUUAAGUAUAUAAAUAUUAAAUUAUAAAUAUACGUUAAU